AUGGUCUCCUUGCUUAUUUGUUUCCCGCAUCCUUUCUGUCAAGUCUAUCUGGUUGACAAGUGGCACAGCCUGCUCAGUGUUAUUCGCAAGUCUCCGCCCUCUGAAUUGCCAACAAGAGGGAACUCUGCUGGGACCGAGGCGUUGGAGGCAGGCCAUUUAACUACCCUAUUCAUUCCAGUUGGACCAAGUCUAUACGAGCCCUUGCUUUAUGCUAGCAGCAAUAAUUGUGCAAUUCAACUCAAUCUCCAGCCUCAGGUACAGCAGCAG